AUGGACUUCAUUGUGGAUUGUAUCCUCGGUGAUAUACCUUUCAUUAUUCCAUUCUUAAAGAAGUAUGUAGACGACCUGAUAGCUGCAGUCCCUGAAGAUAAGGUAGCCUUCAUUCGUGACAGAUUUAAUAGACAACAUGAGUGUAUAAAGUUUACUGUUGAGGAGGAGACUGACAUGAGCGUUUCUUUCCUAGACACUAAGGUAAUGAGAACACCUCAAAACAGAUUAAUGCUAGAUUGGUAUAGGAAACCUAGCAGUUCGGGAAGAUAUUUGCAUUUCUGCUCGAAUCAUCCCCAUAGGCAGAAAGUCAACAUGGUUCUAGGUUUAAAAAACCGAAUACAGAAGAUUGCCCACCCCACCUUGAGACAUAACAACCUAAAAAUAUUGUUCGGUUUGAUGCGUGAGAAUGGUUACCCUGAGGGAUUACUGAAGAGAUUAAUCUACAACGCCACUCCUUCUGGACAGCCACAGAACGGAGACAGUGGCGCAUCCACCAGUAAUACACAAAUGAGGACAAUUUACUCAUCCAUCCCCUACGUUAGAGGUAUGACUCAUGCCUUAGUUAACCUCUUAAAAACCCCCAACCUUCAUGUUGUCUCAAGAUCGGAGUUCAGAAUUGAUAGAUUAUACAGUCGUACCAAAGAUAGAAUAGACGUGGGAAAGAUGAGUGGGGUAGUUUAUCGUAUUCCUUGUUCAAUGUGUGACAAAGUGUAUGUGGGUCAAACGUCACAGCAACUGAAACAGAGGAUUUCUCAGCAUAAGAGCGAUACAAAAAACCCGAACAAGAUUUGUGCUCUUGCUGACCAUGUCAGAUUAGAGGAUCACGUGAUGGGUUACGAUUCGGCUGAUGUUUUGGAGUGGGAGUUGAACACUAGGAAGAGAUGUUUCUUAGAGUCAUAUCACAUUAAGCGCCAGACUAAUUCUAUGAACUUCAAGAAGGACAUAGAGGGCGUUAGCAGUAUCUAUGCCUAUUUGAUACACUUCGACUUGUUCAGUGAGAGUGGACUAAGUAUUGUGAGGUGA